UUCCUAUCUCUUGUUCAAUCUCUGACUGCUUCCUUCAUCGGAGAUGCUUUGUAUUUUGCUCCAUAUCUCCAAGAUAUCUUGACCACUUCCCCCCUCUCUCGCCCGUUGCAUGAUCUGAGACCAUUUCUCUUAAGACAUAUUUCGAGAAUACGUUACACGGGAGCCCUCAUCCGCUGGACCUCUGACCGCAUCAUAAAAUGGUAGAUAUGGGGAAAAUCCAGGACGCUUCAUCUGAGGACCCAGAAAAAAAGAUUGACUUAUCGCCGAACAUCACCUAUGGGGAGGGAGAAAUCAAGAACACUAGAUACAUGCACGCAGAUCCGAAUGAUGGAGACGAAGCAUUGAAAGCUUUCAUGGGCCAUGAAGGGGAAACCAUCGAGCUCACACCAGAAGCGGAGAGGAAGCUUCUGAGGAAGAUUGAUCUGAACCUCAUGCCAAUGCUCUGCGUAGUCUAUGGCCUCAACUACCUUGACAAAACAACCCUCUCUUACGCCAGCAUCAUGGGCCUGCAAAAAGACAUCGGAUUGAAAGGGGAUAACUACCAAUGGUUAGGAAGCAUGUUUUACAUCGGGUACAUCUUCUGGGAAUACCCCACCAACCGACUCCUCCAACGGCUCCCUUUGGCGAAAUGGUCUGCAUUCAAUAUCAUAAUGUGGGGCUUGACACUGUGUUGCUUGGCAGCAGUCAGCAACUUCGCUGGUGCUGUCGCGGUGCGAUUCUUCCUUGGUGUAUUUGAAGCUGCCGUUACUCCAGGGUUCGCAUUGUUCACCUCACAGUGGUACACGAGAAAAGAGCAAGGAACACGAACUGGGAUCUGGUUCAGCUUUAAUGGCUUUGCUCAGAUCUUUGGCGGGUGUCUUGCAUAUGGAAUCUCCGUUGGAGUCAAGAAACACGGUUCUGCCAUUGAGCCCUGGAAGAUUGUUUUCUUGACUAUCGGGCUACUGACUGCAAGUAUUGGAUGCAUAUUCUUGUAUUUCAUGCCGGAUAAUCAGUUGAACGCGAAGUUCUUGACGCCCAAUGAGAGGCUGAUGGCUGUGGAGAGGAUUCGGAAGAAUCAGCAGGGUGUGGGCAACAAGCAUUUCAAGAUGUACCAGCUGAAGGAAGCUUUACUAGAUCCGAUGACGUGGGCGUUUACUUUCUUUGCUUUCGUUGCUGAUAUUCCAAAUGGCGGUCUCUCAAACUUCUUCUCCCAGCUGAUCGUCUCAUUCGGUUACACCGCCGACCAGUCCCUUCUUUACGGCACGCCAGGCGGAGCCGUCGAAGUCGUCGCCCUCGUAAUCUGUGGCUUCCUAGGAGAUCGUUACGGCAAUCGCGUCUUAUUCGGAAUGUCCGGCAUGAUCCUCUCAAUUGUCGGCAUGCUCCUCAUCGUCUGCCUCCCGCUCUCCAACAACUCCGGGCGUCUCGCGGGCUUCUACCUAACCUCUGCCUCACCCACCGGCUUCGUGGCCCUGCUCUCCCUCAUCUCUUCCAACGUCGCCGGCUACACUAAGAAAACGACAGUCGGAGCACUAUAUCUGAUUGGGUACUGCGCUGGCAACAUCAUCGGUCCGCAGACUUUCAGACCGAAGGACAAACCGAGGUAUAAGCCUGCUGAGAUUACGAUUCUUGUCUGUUGGGGCAUUUGUGUGCUGGACUUGGGGUUUAUUGCUUGGUAUUAUAGGCGGAUGAAUAAGAAGAAUGAGGGGAUCAGGAUGGAGCCUGGGUAUACGAAGUUGGAUAAGCAGGAGUUUUUGGAUUUGACGGAUAGGGAGAACCCGGAGUUUGUCUAUACCCUGUAGGAUCCUGGACGCAGGCUGUUUUCUCCUCGACUUGUCGAGAAUUGCAGGCACAGUGGCUGUCAUCAAAUGAGGGAAUGAGAAAUAAAUUGUUCAAACUUUCGAGGGCGUG